GAUGAUUCGCAUUUCCUGAUCAGAACAGAGACACAUAUCUUGUCUGUAGUUCAGAGAGAUAAGACAGAGGAACCAAGGGACUGCUAUUUAGACCUCAAGAACUUAGAAUCUCCAACUCACAGAAUCAUCAAACAGAACAGCACCACCAAAGACAAGGUAACGAUGACCAUCAACACCACCCAUAACUGCACCGAGCCCCAGAGUAACCUUAUUUUCGUGGGGGUCUAUGCCAUUGUCUUCACCGUCGGCCUCUUCCUCAACGUCACAGCCCUGGUAGUCUUCUUCUGCUAUACCAAGUUGCGGUCCCACACCACUGUCUACAUGACAAACCUGGCCAUCGCAGACCUCCUCCUGGUCCUCACUCUGCCCCUGAGAAUCUACUACCAUCUGGGCUUGUCCAGGUUACCUCAGAUCUUGUGUGAAGGGAUGGGCCUGGUUCUUCUGGCCAACAUGUAUGGCAGCAUAUUCCUCCUCACCUGCAUGUGUUUCGACCGCUGCAUGGCCGUGUGCCUACCCAUGUCGUCCUGGGUCCAGGAGGGGCGUAAGAAAGCUCCGCUGGUCUGCCUUGGGGUGUGGCUGCUCACCGCCGGCGCCAGCCUCCCCAUCUACAUCUCCAAACGCAGAGAGGCAUCCAAUGACAUCCAGGAGGUCAAUUGUUUCGGGAACCUCCCAGUCUACGCCAUUCAGCCCAUGGCGGUCGCCUCAACUUUAACCGUCGGCUUCGGCAUCCCCUUGGUGGUGAUGUUAGUCUGUUCCUGGGCAUUGAUCCGGGCCAUCACAAGGAGCUCCAUAGCCCAAACAGACUUAAUCGACUCUGGGAAGAUUCAGAGGAUGAUCACCAUCAGCCUGGUGAUAUUCCUCACCUGUUUCCUGCCCUACCAUGGGACUCUGGCCCUCCUCUAUGUCCAUAGGGAGGCGAUAACAUGCCCCCUUCUGGCAGCAUACCACUAUAGCCUAAUGGUGGCCUGUCUGAAUGCCAUGUUGGACCCACUGGCCUACUACUUCACAACAGAGACGUUCAGGAGGAAGGUGGAUAAGGAUUCUGACAGAAAGAUGUUCCCACUCAACAGUCAGAACAGCUCUGAGGGGAACAACAGGGGAUCCAGAGGACCAGUCAAUACUUAAAGGACGUUCCAUCAAGGGCGGAACAGUUUCUUGAACAUUAGACAGAGUCUAACAUUUGGGCAUUAUGGAUGUUCCCUGUAGUCAGUCACAGCUCUGAGGGGAUCCAGAGGACCUGUCAAUACCUAGAAAACAUUAAAUAUAGCUAAAAUGUACAAUCUUUAUGACAAUGAUGUAUUUAUAAAAGGAUCCACAGGCAGAUGAUUCUCAUAUUGUACUUUCAUCCAAUGAAGCCUCGUCUGCAGAACUGCAUCGGUUAGCGACGUUUGCAGAAGUUACACGAGGCUAAAUGAUGCAGUUCCAGGUUUCUGCAGGCCAAAUGGUGUCAGGAUCCACUGAUUCCUGCGGGGUCUUUGCCUUGAGAAACCUGUUUUGUCAACUUUUCAGACUUUUACUGACAUUGAUUGGUUGAUGAAGAGUAGCUAACUAAACUCCACUCCUUGGUGAAGGAAGUUUCUGAUGAAAUACACCAACGGAGUGGGGCAGACAGAGACCAGGCUUUGUGUAAUUCAGCACCGACUACAUCGAUUCGCCCAAGGUCAAUGCUUCAAAAAAUUUAAAUUAUUGUCACGCCCUGACUCUAGGGACUUGUAUUGGUUGAGUCAGGGUGUGUAUUUUCUGUGUUG